UCUCUUCGUCUCUCACAUUCUCAUUCCCCUCAUGUGGUGGCUUGCUGGGGCGUUCCCAAUCUCCCUCCCCCACCCCUCAGUCACUUCUUAAAGGAGUAGGCCUGCAAUCCUGGAAGGCCUGUCUGGCCCUGAGGGAGUCCCCUUUCUGAAACCGUGGUGCUUGGAAGACCUGCUCUCGUCGUUGCUGGGCACCUGUAGGUGUCCCCGUAGGAGAGCUCAGUUUUGAGGUUCAAGUCAGUGUGGCCAUGAAGGGGCUGCCUGUUGGGCUGAUGCUGUGACCCUGGAGUCUGCCUUUCCUGCCAGUCCCCCUGCCCGGAACAUGUGGCUGCGGCUUGGCCUGCCCUCGCUGCCCCUGAGCCCCAAGCCCACAGUUGGCCGGAGCCUGUGCCUCACCCUGUGGUUCUUCAGCUUGGUGCUGAGGGCCAGCACCCAGGCUCCGGCACCCACAGUCAAUACUCACUUUGGGAAGCUGAGGGGUGCCCGGGUACCAUUGCCCAGUGAGAUCCUGGGGCCUGUGGACCAAUACCUGGGGGUGCCCUACGCAGCCCCCCCAAUCGGCGAGAAACGUUUCCUGCCCCCUGAGCCACCCCCAUCCUGGUCUGGCAUCCGGAACGCCACACACUUCCCCCCAGUGUGCCCCCAGAACAUUCACACAGCCGUGCCCGAAGUCAUGCUGCCUGUCUGGUUCACUGCCAACUUGGAUAUCGUCGCUACUUACAUCCAGGAGCCCAAUGAAGACUGCCUCUACCUGAAUGUCUAUGUACCCACGGAGGAUGUAAAGCGGAUUUCCAAGGAAUGCGCCCGAAAGCCCAACAAGAAAAUUUGUAGGAAAGGAGGAUCCGGCGCUAAGAAACAGGGCGAGGACUUAGCGGAUAAUGACGGGGAUGAAGAUGAAGACAUCCGGGACAGUGGAGCUAAACCCGUUAUGGUCUACAUCCAUGGAGGCUCUUACAUGGAAGGGACAGGCAACAUGAUUGAUGGCAGCGUCCUCGCCAGUUAUGGCAACGUUAUCGUCAUCACCCUCAACUACCGGGUUGGAGUGCUAGGUUUCUUGAGCACUGGAGAUCAGGCUGCCAAAGGCAACUAUGGGCUCCUUGACCAAAUCCAGGCCCUUCGCUGGGUGAGCGAGAACAUUGCCUUCUUCGGUGGCGAUCCCCGCCGUAUUACUGUCUUUGGCUCGGGCAUCGGAGCAUCCUGUGUCAGCCUCCUUACGCUGUCACACCACUCUGAGGGGCUUUUCCAGAGGGCCAUCAUCCAAAGUGGUUCUGCUCUGUCCAGCUGGGCUGUGAACUACCAACCAGUGAAGUAUACCAGCCUGCUGGCAGACAAGGUGGGCUGUAACGUGCUAGACACAGUGGACAUGGUGGACUGUCUUCGGCAAAAGAGUGCCAAGGAGUUGGUAGAGCAGGAUAUCCAGCCAGCCCGCUACCAUGUGGCCUUUGGCCCUGUGAUUGAUGGUGAUGUCAUCCCUGACGACCCUGAGAUCCUCAUGGAACAGGGCGAGUUCCUCAACUAUGACAUCAUGCUAGGUGUCAACCAGGGUGAGGGGCUCAAGUUUGUGGAAGGGGUGGUGGACCCUGAAGAUGGUGUCUCUGGCACUGACUUUGACUAUUCAGUCUCUAAUUUUGUGGACAAUCUCUACGGCUAUCCUGAGGGCAAAGACACACUGCGAGAGACCAUCAAGUUCAUGUACACAGACUGGGCAGACCGUGACAACCCUGAGACCCGUCGUAAGACACUGGUGGCACUGUUUACUGAUCACCAGUGGGUGGAGCCCUCGGUAGUGACAGCUGAUUUGCACGCCCGCUAUGGCUCACCUACCUAUUUCUACGCCUUCUACCAUCACUGCCAGAGCCUCAUGAAGCCUGCUUGGUCAGAUGCAGCUCAUGGGGAUGAAGUACCCUACGUUUUUGGUGUCCCUAUGGUAGGUCCCACUGACCUCUUUCCUUGCAACUUCUCCAAGAAUGAUGUCAUGCUCAGUGCUGUUGUCAUGACCUACUGGACCAACUUUGCCAAGACAGGGGAUCCCAACAAGCCGGUCCCCCAGGACACCAAGUUCAUUCACACCAAAGCCAACCGCUUUGAGGAAGUGGCCUGGUCUAAAUAUAAUCCCCGAGACCAGCUGUACCUUCACAUCGGGCUGAAACCGAGAGUCCGAGAUCAUUACCGGGCCACUAAGGUAGCCUUUUGGAAACACCUGGUGCCCCACCUAUACAACCUGCACGACAUGUUCCACUAUACAUCCACAACCACCAAAGUGCCGCCCCCGGAUACCACCCACAGCUCCCACAUCACCCGCAGGCCCAACGGCAAGACCUGGAGCACCAAGCGGCCAGCCAUCUCACCUGCCUACAGCAACGAGAACGCCCAAGGGUCCUGGAAUGGGGACCAGGAUGCAGGACCACUCCUGGUGGAAAAUCCCCGCGACUACUCCACUGAAUUAAGUGUCACCAUCGCUGUGGGGGCCUCUCUCCUGUUCCUUAAUGUUCUGGCCUUCGCUGCCCUCUACUACCGUAAGGACAAACGGCGUCAGGAGCCACUGCGGCAGCCUAGCCCUCAGAGGGGAGCUGGGGCCCCUGAAUUGGGAGCUGCUCCUGAGGAGGAGCUGGCAGCAUUACAGCUGGGCCCCACCCACCAUGAGUGUGAGGCUGGUCCCCCCCAUGAUACACUGCGCCUCACUGCACUGCCCGACUACACCCUGACCCUGAGGCGCUCCCCAGAUGACAUCCCACUCAUGACCCCCAACACCAUCACUAUGAUUCCCAACUCCCUGGUAGGGCUGCAAACAUUGCACCCUUAUAAUACUUUUGCCGCAGGGUUCAACAGUACUGGGCUGCCCCAUUCACACUCCACUACCCGGGUAUAGCUCCAGCCUAGAGCACAGCCUAUGCCCCGGCUCCCUCCCAGACCCACAGAGACACAUGCACGUGCACACACACACACAAACAUACACACACAAACACAAACACGUGCCGACAUAUAUGUAUACGCACGCACCUACACCUGACAGCAGGCCCACCUGCACAAACAGACAGGUGUGGACAUGCACCCGCAUGUACGAAAACACAAACAUGGAAGUAAACAUGAACAAGCCCUACAAAUGGGGACACAAACAAAUCCUUGGGAAGCCAAGGACCCAUGGAACAGCAGCUGAAGCCAGUUCCCUGAGCCUGACCACAGACACUCCUGGGGAGGCCUGAAGGCACCAGCUGGACAACCCCUUGGUGCUCACCUUCCGCCUCUCUUGGAACUGCACCACCGACCAAGUCCAGACUUGGGAGCUUUAAAGAGCAAAAUAGCUCUUUCUCCCCCAGACUUGGUCUUUUUUUUCUGGGUCUGUUUUGUUGAAUUUAAAAAAAAAAAACAAACAAAACAAAACAAAAAAACAUGGAACAAAUGAUCCUUCAACUGACCAUGUGUGCAAAGAGGCUCCGGAAGGGAGGGCUCUAGGCCCAGGCCUCUCUGGUUCUGGAACCCUCCCCACCCCCAACCACCACCAGUACUCAUGCAAUUUGACCAAGGAACAGGACCCCAAGAAAAAAACAGAUUUGAACAAGACCAUGGGUGGAAGGAGAAAGGGGAUACCGCUGGAUGGGGUUGGAAUAUAGGGAAGAACUCAACUCCCCAGCCAUUUCUGUGUCUCUGUGGAGGACUGUAGCAGCUGUGGGUGAGCUGCUGCUUCUCCCAAAGGCCAGGAGCAUACGCCUGGCUAGACCAGGGGACACCAGAUUUGGUGUGUGAGUUUCUGUGGAGGCCAUGUCAUACCAGGCUCCUGGGUAUAAUCUGGGUUCUGCCUCUGCCCUUGGGGUAAUACUAUCAGAAAUUCACCCCAUUUUCUUUACAGAGUCUCUUUUGUGUCUGUCAUUUCUCUUUCAAAAGGCGGUGUUUUUUGUUGUUGUUGGUUUUUUUUUUUUUUAAAGAAAAGUUCUUAAAACACUAACGGAAACCCAUGGAGUUUGUCCUUUGUAAAAAUUUUAAACAGUGUCUUGAUACAAAAAUAAACAAAUCCAGUUAGCACUCCCACCCUGCCUCCCUUACACAGGCCUUGCCCAGCAGACCUCCCAGCAGGGUGCCUCUGUGGGCUCACAAUUGCUGCUCUUUUGGCCUGGUGCCUUUAAAGUAGUACAAGUCUGAGCUGCAUUCUGCUGGUGCCCCGCAGGCACGAAGGCCUUUCUAAUCUUAAUCUGGUGGCUGUGGCCACCUACCCCCCAACUCCCGCCCCCUCCCCUCCCAGUGCUCUGGGUUCCUGUGACUGAAACCUUCUCUCAGCACCUUGGGCCUCCUAGUUGAAAUGGCAAAAUAGCACUUCCUUCUCCUCUGCUGCCACCGCUGCCUCCGCCAACACCGCCACCUUCGAAGACUCCACUGCUGCUGCUGCCAUCGCUGCUGCUGCCAUUGCCACCACCUCCCACAGUUGCCAUUCUGCCCUCAUCCUGGACUGGGGGCUGGGAGGAGGCUUGACCUCUAACAUACUGAAAUUCUUUCUCUUAUCUGAAUCCAGUGCGGCAUCAGAUAUGUGAACUCUGGUCUUGGGUGACUGACAGAGCAGGGGCCCUCUCCUUCCCCAGAGAUAUUUGUUUCCCAUUCUGUGAAUUAGAAUCGGAGAAGUCUCUGGGGCCUCGGGAGUGAUUUCUCUCCAGGAUGAUUAUCAGUGGCUCCCUGACAACCCUGGGGGACAGAUUCAAAGGGGCUCCACAGAGCUAGAAUUUUGGUUUUUCAUACAAUUCUCAGUGACUUGAAGGACAGAACCGGAGUCUGAUCAUCAAGUGUGACAGUUGGCAGGGUUGCUGACAUCUCAGAAACCAGGAAUAGAAUUCUUCAAAGUGACGCUGACAAAAUGAGGGAGAUGAACCAACACAACGAGAUGAAAUCAGAGGGGACAAACAUAAGGUAGUAGUUCAAAGGCCAAGACCAAGAGUUAAUGUGCUGACAAGGUACAUGGGGACAAAAGAGAUGGACAAUGAUUGACUCACACAAGUAUACUUAAGGAGACCUGGGGGAGGGUGUCAGGGUGGGUCUCAGAAUGAGUCCACAGUGUAGAAUUGUUGUUCUCUUCCCUCCCUCUUCUCCUCCCAGUCCUUUUCUCCCUCCUUUCUAAAGCUAACAUGGAUUCUAGGGAUAAUAACAGAAGUAUAGCAUGGAAUUGCUGGGAAGUAAUCUGUCGGGGUUUUAGAAUUAGAAGUAACCUCAGAGUCAUCUAGUCCAUUUAUUUUAGAACUGGGAAACUGGGCCCACAAAAGUGUAUCACAGUUAGCAUUAGAAACAGUAAGUAAUAUGUGACCUUUUCCUUGGCCCUUAACUUUUUCCACUCUGCCUAGCAGUGGUUAGGCCUUUUAAAGUGGUAGUGGAUCUGCCCUUGGUCAACACAUUUUCAGCAUUUGUAGAAAAACUGGAGAAGGGGUUUGGAGAAGAGCAGAACAGAAAUGUGCCAAAGGACUAGUUUUAUUAUAUUAUUAUUAUUAUAUUAUUAUUAUUAUUAUUAUUAUUAUUUAGAAAGGAGGAAGCCAAUGUGCUAACUUUUAAUAAUUGUGGAGCACCUACUAUAUGACAAGUGUGCUAUAGCUGUCUUCAAAAAUUUCAUUCCUAAAUUAGGACAGAGCUAGGAUCUGUUCUCCAUUUCUUCUGAGAGUGAUAGAGAAAGAAAGAAGAUUAAAUUAGACACAAGGAGAAACUUUGCUGUAGAUAGGUGAUCAUGGCACUUAGUGAGUCCUCGAUAACAAGUGCCAACUUGAAUAGAUGACUGAGAAAAAUUCUUGGGUGCUUCCUCUCCCAGAAAACAGGGGGCUGGGAUCCAUGACCUUUUUAGGUCAAUUCAGAGUCUUUGUUGUUCUGAUCCUUUCAUUGCUCCAUCUCAGAUAUUACCAAAAUGGGCCUCCUUUUUUUGGUGUGUGUACAAGUGUGUGUGUGUGUGUGUGUGUGUGCACGCACGCGUGCGCAGAUGUGUGCGUGUGUUUGUUUACACCUUCAAAUUAGGAGACUCUCUAUUUGGGGAAGACUUAGACAUCGUCUCUCCCCCAAGAACUCAAGGUGCUAUAACAAACCUGACUCCAAUCCUAUUUGGAGUGAGCCAUCUGUGAGAGGUUUGGUUUUCACACGUUUGAGAGCUGAGUAGAAGAGGUGAGCCACAAGCCAGGCAAGAUUUCAAUCUGACUGACAGUCAGUGCUGUGUCAGAAUAGUUUGAGUAUUCUCAGCCCUGUUGCUGACUAUAGCCCUGAUCCCAGCUAAAAAGUCCAGCUCCUUGUUUGAAAAGGGAGUGAGGACAUAUUCAGACUUUAUUUCACAUUGCAAAAAUCAUCCGUGCCAAGACUGAGUCCAACCUGCAUCCCUAGAUUUACAUGGACUCUAUUUUAAGUCAUGGGAGAGCAGUAUCUUGGGAUCUGAACUUAGGGUGUGUAAAGGGCAGGACGUUGAUCACUGUGGAAAUCUCCAUCAGAAGCGAGUAUGGUCAUCAGGACUGUUGGCCUGGGCCUUUGCUAAUUUAUAUGUACCAUGAUGAUCAGAAGAUACCUUCUUUGGGGUUCAUACUGUCAGAAAGACAAAACUAAACUCUGAUUAAAAUAAAUGAGACUCAUAAUUUACUAUAUGACUUCAAUUGUGUGAUAAAGGUUAAGAAGGUUAGAGAAGCUACACAAAAGGGCAUAGUAGGAUUUGGGGAGAGGGUGGGCAUUCCAGACUGGGAGAAAGACCUCAACCAGAGCAUGGAACGGAGAACAUCUGGAUAUGCUUGAGGAGCAGUGGAGGCAUUAACUUGACCAAAGCAGCAAGUUUCAUUUCAAUGGUGGGAAAUCGAAUUGGAAAGGCAGGUUGUAGAGGUCUUCAGAACAGCAGAAGAGUUUUGGCCAUUAUUGGAUUAGUGAUGGACGCCCUGACCCAACUUUUUUGCCAGUGGUUUCAUAGAGAGGAAACAAAACCUCCUCAGCUCCACUUUUGCUCCUUCUCUUCUGCAAGGAAUUUCAGAGUAGAAAGGAUAAAUGGGAUACUGGUGAGAGGAGGCUCCUUUAGGCAGUGCAGUUGAAAUCCUUUGGCUGCUCGGAAUAACUCCCUCUCAUAGUCCAAGCAAAUAACAGCCAACAGCCUGGGGCAUUUUGAGGACUUGCAGGUCAAGUGGCAGGACAACUGGUGGUGGCUUUGAAAGCACAGUGGGGCAUGAAGGAGACAUACAGUGCAACCUAGAGUUAGUCAAGGGUGUCUCCAUAGCUUUACAUAUGGGAAGAGAUGAAUUCUGCGAAGUAUAGGUCAAUAUGUUUAAUAUUGACUGAGGGCAAGAGUCUAGGACAAAAAUGGAUGGUUGGUGAGCCUCACAAAAGGAAUCAAAGGUCACCCAGCUCCUACAUAGAUUCAGAAAAAUCAUUCCCCACUCAGCCCUUUUUUUUUUUUUGAUAGGUUGAUAGGACAGAUAAGCAGAGGAGUAGAAUGCUAUGCCUACAGUGUAUCUGGAAUUCAACAAAACAUUCUUUCAUGAUGCUCUUGAUAAUACGGAGAAAUGUGGGGUGUAGAGAUAAACCUAGGCAGAUUCUUAAACAGUUGGAUGGCCACACACAAAAGGAUUCUGCUUUAGUGUUACUAGUUUGAAUCUGAAAAUUAAACAUCAGUUUAAGAGAGAGUCAAAUGGUGAGCUCACAGAAUCAGAAUUCAUGGGGAUGUCAAGAAUGAUAUGAUGGACUUACUAAGGCAAAAUUAAAAUUAACAGGGACAAAUGUAAAGUUACUUAUUUGAAUUCCAAAAAAUAAUAGUACAUGUGUAGGAUGUGAGAGAUGUGGAUAUGAGGGUUUAGAGUACAUGACAACUCAUCAUGAAGCUGAAGUCAAAAGUGUGGUUUUUUUGAUGGCUACAAAAAGUAUUGUGAACUUGGGUUCUAUUAAUAAGAGUUUAAUAUCCCAAAUAAAGGAAGUGAUCUUCUUAUGCUACUCUACACUAGUCAGACUACAUGUGAUGCUCUGUGUUCAUGGUGGGCCCAUACCUCAAGGGAGAUAACAACAAAAGUAUAUCCUGAGAAAAAGUGGUGAGAACAGUGAGGGACUGGCAAACCCUAGGGGAAACCUGUGCACUGUAAGGAAAUUACUAGUGGACUUAAGGGGAAAAGGAAGAUGUAGAUUUGUUCUGUGUGACUCUAAGGGCUCCAAGAUCUAAUGGGUGGAAGUUAUAGUGAAGCAGAUUUUGAUCCAACAUGAAGAAGGUGCUUUUUUUUCUCUUUUUUAUAAUGAAAAGAAAAUGAUAAUAAA